AUGACGGCCUCGGCCACUCGCGGCACGUACCUGGCCGAAGUGCGACAAGCCAUCACGCAGGCGCUGUGCCUGAUGGACUACCCCUCACCCCAUGUGGAAGGACAUAAUAAGCCCGUCAUCGAGGUGGAGGGCCCGGGCCACGCCCUCAUCGCCGCGCCCAUCGUUCUUACCCGCGGCGCCCAGGAGGGAUGCCUGGUGGAGCAUUCCAUCAACUCCUCUCGCAUCUCCCUGAGGUUCAAGGCCCAGGACGAGGUGGAGAGGUGCAUCAUCGACACCCACCUGAAGUUCCUCAUGCACAGAGCUGAGGACUUGGGGAUUGUUCGCAAAAUCCCCAUGGCUGGUUACGAUGUGACCUUCCUGAUCACACAUGCGCACCUGACAACCCUUUCCCCCGGCCUGCUCUGUGAUCUCCUUGUGACAUUCCUGGAGAAUUUUGGAACAGAAGUGAAGGCCUCGAAGCUGAUGCUGAAGACUCGGUCACGAAUAGCAGUGGAUGGCUUCUGGGGAACAACGCAAGACUUACAAGCAGGGGACUAG